CUCUUUUCUCCGCCACCAUCUUUCGGAUUUUUCAUUUAAUAAAAAGACAGAAAAAUGGGUGAUGAAUGGGGUGCAGAUGAAACUGCAGCAGAUCAGUAUGCAGUGGUUGCUGCACCAGAAAUUAGGCUUUUUGGCAAAUGGAGUACUGAUGAUGUCCAAGUCAGCGAUAUCAGCUUGACAGAUUACAUUGCUGUCAAAGAUAAGAAUUCCACUUUUUUGCCACAUACUUCUGGAAGAUAUGCUGUAAAAAGAUUCAGGAAAGCACAAUGUCCAAUAGUUGAAAGACUAACUAAUUCAAUGAUGAUGCAUGGAAGAAACAAUGGAAAGAAGCUCAUGACUGUCAGGAUAGUGAAGCACGCUUUUGAAAUCAUCCACCUGCUCACAGGAGAAAAUCCAGUACAGGUUUUGGUUGAUGCUAUUAUUAACAGUGGACCUCGUGAAGACUCAACUCGUAUUGGUCGUGCUGGGACAGUUAGACGUCAGGCAGUUGAUGUUGCUCCCUUAAGACGGGUCAACCAGGCUAUCUGGCUUCUUUGCACAGGGGCACGUGAGGCUGCUUUCAGGAACAUCAAAACUAUUGCUGAAUGUCUUGCUGAUGAGCUCAUCAAUGCAUCCAAGGGGUCAUCCAAUUCAUAUGCAAUCAAAAAGAAGGAUGAAUUAGAGCGUGUUGCCAAAUCCAACCGUUAAUACUUGUAUUUAGCAAUGUAUUGAAAGAAAGUCAGUUGAACAA